GUUGAGCGCUGGUGAGAGCGACAGCAUGGCGUCUACGAGCCGUGGAGAUGCUUUUCCUAAGGUGCAGUGCCCUAAUCACCCUGAUGCCCUGUUGGUGGAGGACUACAGAGCUGGGGACAUGAUCUGCCCCGAGUGCGGCCUCGUUGUCGGUGAUCGCGUGAUUGAUGUCGGCUCAGAGUGGAGGACGUUCACAAAUGAAAAAGCUAACAAAGACCCGUCACGUGUCGGCGACGCCCAGAACCCGCUCCUGAACGGAGGAGACCUCACGACAAUGAUCGGAAAGGGUACAGGUGCUGCGAGUUUUGAUGAAUUUGGCAACUCGAAGUACCAGAACCGCAGGACGAUGAGCAGCUCGGACAGAGCCAUGCUCAACGCCUUUAAAGAGAUCAGCACCAUGGCAGACAGGAUAAACCUGCCCCGGAACAUCGUCGAUCGUACAAAUAACCUGUUUAAGCAGGUUUACGAACAGAAGAGUCUGAAGGGCAGGAGUAAUGAUGCGAUUGCUUCAGCAUGCCUCUACAUUGCGUGCAGACAGGAAGGAGUUCCCCGGACGUUUAAAGAGAUCUGUGCUGUGUCUCGGAUUUCCAAAAAGGAAAUCGGGCGCUGCUUUAAGCUCAUCCUGAAGGCUCUGGAGACGAGCGUGGAUCUAAUCACCACCGGAGACUUCAUGUCCCGUUUCUGUUCCAACCUGGGCCUGCCGAAACACGUGCAGAUGGCGGCCACCUUCAUCGCCAGGAAGGCCGUGGAGCUUGACCUGGUCCCAGGCCGCAGCCCGAUCAGCGUGGCUGCUGCUGCUAUCUACAUGGCCUCUCAAGCCUCAGCCGAAAAGAAAACUCAGAAAGAGAUUGGUGAUAUCGCCGGAGUAGCUGAUGUCACCAUCCGCCAGUCAUACCGUCUCAUCUACCCCCGAGCUGCCGAUCUCUUUCCUCCAGACUUCAAAUUUGACACACCUGUGGAUAAACUGCCUCAGCUGUGAAUGUUUUUUUUUUUUUUUCUUUUCUUUUCUCUGCUGUGGGUUUAUAUUUGAUUGAGAAGGUUUUGCUCUUACCCAUGUGGAGAUUUUUUGAGAUUUAACCCACAGUGCAUCCAGGAGACACAUUCCAUGGUUUAACUCGACCCGAGCUCAGACCAUACUGAACCACCACCUUUCAUUUGCGUGUAAAUAUGACUGUACAUAAAACCAUGUGAGAAUGGAAUUGGUGGAUGCAUCGAAGCCGAUUUCAUACUGUAAACAUUUUUCUUUUGUAGGAAACAAGUCAGUUAUUUUGUUUAGUGUCUUUGCAUUGUAUUUAGUAAUUUAAAACAAUAAUAAAUGCUUUUCAGAAAAGCA